GAAGGCACUGGCACACAGGCACUAUGGCAAACGAAGUGCGAGUCCCGCUGUCCCCGCUGAAAGGGCGGCACCCUCCAGCAGUGAAAGCCGGAGGAAUGCGAAUUUCCAAAAAACAAGAAAUGGGCGUUUUGGAAAGACACACCAAAAAAACAGGACUGGAGAAAACAAGCGCCAUCUCAAACGCUGCCAAAAUACAGAUGUUGGAUGCUCUGAACGACACACUGGACAAGCUCAACCACAAAUUUUCAGCAACAGUUCACACAGCACACCAAAAACCCACACCUGCCCUGGAGAAGGCCGCUCCGCUGAAGAGGACCUACAUUAUCCAGCAGCCUCGAAAAUGAUGGGCCAGGAUAUAAAACUCAGCCAUCUGGUCAACCUUCCUAGGCUCUAACAGUUCAGAAAAAACAGCCAACACUUCCAUGUAGGUCUGCUCCUUUGCUUGGUAAAUAAAGCAACUUUUGUAUCUUCCCUUUUUGGUUCAGAUAAUAAAGCUUCCAAAAUUAUAAAUCCAA